AUGUCAUUCAAGAGAGAAUUUGAUCCUGAAGAUAGGAUAAGUCAUCUAUCGGAUGACGUUCUGAUUUCCAUUCUGUCUCACUUGCCGAUGAGAGUUGCAGCAACAACAAGCUUACUUUCUCGACGAUGGGGAAAUGUAUGGACUUUCCUUCCACGUUUGGAGUUUGAUGCUUCAAACACGAUUCUUAAAAUUAAAAACCAAACUUUGGGUUCUAAUCGAACUUUGAGUUCUAAGAGUCUCAGAGAUUUUAUAGAUUCGGAGAAGGUCAGGUUCGUAAAUAUGGUGAAUCAUUUUGUGGAAUUGUAUUCUCUACCUGUUACUGAAGAGUUCAGAAUUUGCUUUGAUCUUAAUAGAAGACAUAAGCAAGACAUUGAUAAAUGGGUGAAACUAUGUCCACGGAGUCUUGGUUUACCGAGUUAUAUUCUCCUUACAUCCCUUGUACUGAAAUGCAUAGAUGUAAGUGAUGAUGUUAUUGAAAAUUUUGUAUCCAAUAGCCCGUUUCUUGAAUGCUUAUGUGUGCAACCACCAACUCUGGUUCAUGUGAGAGUUGUUGGUCCAUCACUUCACUUGAGAAGCUUGGAGAUAUCAGGCUGUUCAAGUUUGAAGAGUCUACAACUCCAUGCCACUAACCUGCUAAGCUUUAAAUAUUUUGGACCAGAAAUAGAGAUUCCCUUUGAGAAUGUUCCAAAUCUCACAGCAUUAUGCAUCAAGGACUACGCUUAUCCCCCACCUAUUCUUAAGUUGCCUCGGGUUUUAACAUUCUUCCCACAGCUCCACAAGCUUUCACUUGCCAUAGAUGAUGUGAAGAUCAGUUGGAAGAAUUGA